CCAUUUUGUUUGUCAUUUUGACUUUUGACAGCAUUUAAGAAUUAGAAAAAUUCAACUUUAGUUUAAAUGCACAGGUUAAAUGAAAUAAAAUUGUUGUCGUUUAUUAGUAUGAACUAACAAUUUUAUUCACAUUUUAGAAUAAUUAUUUUGAAUAGAAAAACAUAAAUUAUAUCAAAAUGGCUUUAAGAACUUACGGCGAUAAGCCGAUUAGUUUUCAAAUAGAAGAAGGAGGAGAAUUUUAUUGCGUGGGAUCAGAGGUGGGUAAUUACCUGCGUCUGUUCCGUGGAUCCCUUUACAAGAAGUACCCUGGCAUGGCCAGGAGGACCCUCACCAAUGAAGAGAGGAAACGAUUAAUUGACAAUGGGCUCGGUCCACAUGUGUUGUCCAGUUCUGUAUCAUUGCUGAAGGCCUCUGAAGUUGAAGAUAUUAUAGAGGGGAAUGAUGACAAAUACAAAGCAGUGUCAGUGAGCCAAGAGUUAGCCACACCAAGAGAAAGUAAAAGUAAGAAGCCUCACAACCCAUCAUGGCUUCCUGUUAUGCCGAAUUCUUCACAUUUAGAUGCUGUACCCCAAGCUACACCUAUUAGUAGAUCUAGGGUGCAUAAUAAAAAGGUCCGCACAUUCCCUCUUUGUUUUGACGAUACGGACAUGACAGCUAUGUUGGAGAAUGCGUCCCAGAAGCAGGUACUAGUGCCAAUUCGACUUGACAUGGAGAUAGAAGGCCAGAAGUUGAGGGACACAUUUACCUGGAAUAAAAAUGAAUCAAUAAUUACACCAGAACAGUUUGCUGAAGUGUUGUGUGAUGAUCUUGAGCUCAACACAAAUACGUUCAUUCCUGCCAUAGCAUCAUCAAUACGUCAACAAAUAGACGCUUUUCCGAGCGAACCACCUGCUAUAUUGGAGGAACAAACCGACCAGAGGGUGGUCAUUAAACUGAAUAUACAUGUUGGAAAUACAUCACUCGUGGAUCAGGUGGAAUGGGACAUGUCAGAAAAAGAGAAUAAUCCAGAACAGUUUGCGAUGAAACUGUGUGCGGAACUUGGAUUGGGGGGCGAGUUCGUUACGGGCAUCGCGUACAGCGUGCGCGGACAACUCGGCUGGCAUCAGCGGACGUACGCCUUCAGCGAGGCACCCCUGCCCGUUGUUGAGACACCCUACCGCCAGCCGUCUGAGGCAGAACAGUGGGCGCCUCACCUGGAGACGCUUACCAAUGCCGAAAUGGAGAAGAAGAUUCGAGAUCAGGACCGGAACACGAGACGUAUGCGACGUCUCGCCAACACUACGCCUGGUUGGUAAACUGAUAUACAACUCAUUAUAGACUGUUUUAAUAGAACAUAAAGAAAAGUUUACCAAAUACUGAUAAAAACUAGCUCUUACCUGCGCUUUGUGUGUGUGACCGGGAUAUUGUUACUGACCGGAACAGAAAAUAGCCUGUAUUUAUUUAUUCUUUAUUGUACAAUAACAAUUUGUACAAGUGGCGAGCCUAAUGCCUUAUUGCAUUCUUUACCAGCUAACCAUUUGGUAAAAACAGAAAGCUAAAUAUAAAUCCUUCUCCAUUCCAUGUAGUAUGUGAGUAUCGAAUUUCAUAGGGCUUAGUUAAGCCUUUACGACAGUAUAAGGUAACAAACUCACUUAUAUAUUUAUAAUUUUAGUAAGGAUCCAUAGAAACGUUAUUUAAAUGAAAUGGUUAACAAAUGCGAUCAAUUAAUCAAUUUUUAAUUUGAACUUUGCCCAGUAAUGGGACAACGCGCAUUAAUAAUAGAUUGAUUUAUACUGCUGUUGUACUAGUCGGUUCAAUUCAUUGUUUGUUUAUGUUUUCAUUAGGUUCUUUUGAAAUAAACUAUUAUACACUCCUGUCACGAUCUUACCCAUAGAUAUGAAUGUGUAUAGAUGUCGCAAUUGUAUUUAUUUAUUUCGUUUACUUUCGUUUUCCUUAAAUAAAAACUCCUAAGUGCUUGGUUUGUUUUUAACUUAGUUUCUAUUUUCGCGUUUCUGGUUGAAAUUCUGUAAUAUUUUUUCUUCUUUCAAUACGGCUAUGAGAUUUUGUUUUACAGUGUUUGUUUUGUAAUCUAUUUAAUUACGAGGAUAAAUUAGUUUUGGAGCCAGACUAUACGGUCUAAAUGCCGGCUGUUGUAAUAACAAUAUAAUAUUAAAACAUAGAAUAGAUGUAGAUCAUUAAAUGUUAAUUUAUCGUGACAGAUGUUAAUCAUGAUAGAUCGUUUAGAUCAUCUAAAAAGACUGUAAUGGUAGGAGGUGUUAUACCACACCGGCAACACACAAGCAAUUCCUCUCGUGUUGCAGUUGUUCAUAGGCGACGGUAGCCGCUUUCUAUUGCUCUUUUAGGUCGCUAACAAUAAAAAAAAAAUUUGAUGCAGUUAUUUUACUAUUCUCGUAUAUUUAAUUUUGCUCUGAUAAGAUCGUGAAGGAGUUGUAAGUUUAAUAACUCUUUAUUUCAAAUAUGACAGUAUGGAUGAAUGAUGAUAAAACGACGGGACGACUUUAAUACUUAUGACUAAAUAGCAUCUUUUGUUUUAAAGAUUUUCCAAUUACCUAUUUGUUAAAGUUUUUUUAUAUUAGAUAUCUCAUAGCGCCAUCUAGACCGAAACUCAGCAGAGCAUGAACAAUGGGUAAAAAAUUGCUACCUCUAAAUCCGUCAGAUAUCAUGGUGUGUUACUCGUUCCGUCGUAUUUGAAAUAGAGUAUAAACUGUCAUUGAAUUUCAACACGUUGCUGAUACCCGGAGUGUAAUACGUGACUUGUAUACACAAUGUUUGCGUCUUAACAGCGGUUCAUGAAAGAAUUCCCUUAGGGUAUUAUGUAUUGACUGCGAACAUGCACGAGUUCUUGUACAGUACUUUUCGUUCUUUUAUUCUUUUACUUCUGCUUGAUAAACUUUUUCAUUGCACAUGAAUAUCUGCGAGUCUUAAAUAUCUGCGAGCUAGAAAUUGAACUUAAUGACGUUGACAUAAGGUUAUAUUUUCCAAGUCAAAUUUUUGGUGGCAACACAGAAAAUACUCAAAAAAUGGCAAUAAACACACUCUAUUACUAUAUUUAAAUAUAAUUUUUCACCCAGGGUAUUUUUCAAAAAUAGUAGAAAAUAUGAUAGAGCCUUCAGUCAAUUUGGAAACUUACCAAGGCUGUUCGAUGGAAACUCGAAAUAUAGUAAAUAUUUUCUCUUUGUUAAACUUGAUUACCUUGAUGGUCGAAUUUAAGAGUAUUUAUACUGAAGAAACGUAACGGCUACAUUCAAUUUUCAAAAAUAAUUUUUAAUAUUUCUGAAAGAUUAUCGAAAUAGUAGAUUUCUAUUUCCUUUAAAUACUAAAUAUAAAAUAACACAUGAAUUAUAAUAAGUAACCAUUUGGUGACUGUUUAAAGUUUCCAAAUACUUUUUUUUUACCAUCAAAUUUUAAAAUGUCAGGAAAGUUUAUUACGAACUUGAUUACAUGGUUAAUAUUUUAAUAAACCUAAAUAAAGUCAUAAGAACAAUUAGAUUUUAAACGUUAGUAUUAAAUUUUCAUCGAAAAUAAAGUAGAAUUGUGUUUGAAUUUUGACAUGUUUUACAGACAUUGUUAGUGUCUAAUGGAUAAACCCUUUUACGCCGUCUAGGAACGUUACAAUUUUGAGUAUGAUAAAUGAAAUCAAUACAGCUUCAAUUCAUUGCAAUGUCAAUAGACAAUUUGGAAUUUAAGAAGAACAGAUCGUGACCCAAAAUGUGACAUUCAUAGACAACGUUUGCAUUAUUUAUUGUACACUGUGACAAUAAAAAAAAUAGUUUUGUAGGUGAUGGAUGGAUAGAGAUAGCUCAACAGGCAAUUUUUAGCACUUUUUUUUUAUAGGCAGAAAGUAUUUCCAUGAAAAAGAAUGUAUUGAAUAUUCUAAACUUUAUACGAAUAUUAAAUUAAGUAAGUAAAUUGUAGUUUAAAAGAAAAAAAUAGAUUAUUCAUGAUUAGAUUUAAAAAGGUGAGGGAACAGAGCGUCGCGUAGACAUACGGUCGCUAGGGCGUGUAUCUAUAAGGAAUAUGGUUUAGAAGCAGUUACGAUAUCGCAGUGGUUCAGUUCUAUGCAUUAAAUAUUUCUUCAAUACCAUAAAGUCAACAAUCGUCCCCAAAUGGAUCAUCAAUGGACUAGCUGAGUAUCGAAAUAUAUUGCCGAUAUAAGGAUAGCGGCCAGUAGCCUUCCUUAAGCAAUAAUCGUAAAGUACAAUACGGGAAUAUAAAGUUACUGUUUCUAAUAUUUAUCAAUAGGGAUAUGUAUUAAUUAUACGUUUAUUAUAACUUAUUCAUUUAUUACAUGAAAGCUAUACGUUUAUAGUACUCGUGUAUUUUAAAUCUUAAGGUUUAUAGGUAUUUCAUUGGUUAGUUUGUAAUUCGAACCUAAUUCUAACGUUAAUAGAAUAGAUUAUAGAAUGACUCAAAAAUGUUUAUUUUUUUCUUUUUCUUCUUAACAACAAUACCGUACAUUAGUUGAUGUUGUUGUUGAUUAGAAGCAAAAUUAAGAAAAAAAAAUGUUCAUCCGUAGAUUUGUUACAUAUUAUUAUAGAUAAGAUCAGUAUUUUUUUUUUCAUUUUGAUGAUAUAUAAUACCUUUUUUGAGGUUUUUAGGGCCGGGGUGAUAGUAACUAAAGUAGUGGGAUUAGAUUGACUUU